AUGGGCAUUAUAUUCGAAAAUACCGAUAUAUGCCGGUUCAAAUUAAGUAGAAAUGCGAAAUUUGAAUAUUUGAGGGAGAGGAUACAAACAAGGAUGCAAUCUGGAGUUGUCUCACAAAUUAUAUAUCGAAAUGCUGUUAAUUUCGGUGUUAACCAGGUGAAAUAUGUUCCACUGAAAAUCCGAGAUGAUGAUGAUGUGGAAAUGAUGUUUUACAACCAUGAAUUAUCUGGGUUACAUGCGAUAGAUUUAUACAUAAAAUUUCAAACUUCUCAACAAUCUCAAAUCUCACAAGUGGCCAAUCCCAAUGAUGCUGAGCCCGUGUCCAUAAUUCCCGAGGAAGUCGUUGUCGAAGAUGACGAAGAAGAGGAGACUGAGUCACAAGCUGAUGAUUUGUUCACUACUUUAUUUGAAGACGGUGGACGUGACGAGGUGGAUGCAAUCAACGAAACUGAACAACAUAUUCCACUUGAGAAUGUCUAUUGUCCACCCGCCCACAUGACAACUCUGGAUACAGCUGGAGACGAAUCAUCCUUUCAAUGGCCCAAAAAUCCUCGUCUUCCGCUGGAGGAUGACAUAGCUGUUGGGAACCAGUUCAAAAACAAAUCUGACUGUGUCUUUGCGAUAUCCAGGCAUAUUGCGCAAAAUUUUAUGAAGGAUAUCAAGGACCGUAUCCUCCGGAAAAAAAUAAUCAACAUGGGUAAGUACUUUUUAUGCAAACAUUACAUGCUCGUUAAUAGUUUACCAUUAUAUUAA